AUGUUCACACCACGGUUCGCCACCUCACUUGGGUCUGCUGGCGCUUCCAAUCGCGCAUCACAAUGUCUUCGUCAACAACGAGUACAAGCUACAAGGUCCAGUAGACCUGCUACUAGAAACUCCGUACCAUGUCGAACACAACAGCAGAGAUGGCAAUCCACACGAGGAGCACAACCUAAGAUUAACCGCUCCAAAGGUUCAUUCACGAGGAAUGCCAAAAUACUCUUUAAAGCACAUCCAUAUAGCAUGACCGGAGCUACAAUAGCUAUAGGAUUCGGAGUCUUUUGUCUAGGAUAUAUCAAUUGGUGGUAUAACAAAUACAUAAUCGACGGUUUCAAAGCCUUCCCCGAACCUGUCGCAAAGCAACUGCGAAAGGCCCUUUACUACACCAAUAUGUCUCUCGAACCUAAGAACGCUAUUAAAUAUUACAAAGAGGCUUUAAGAGUUGCAGAUGAGAUGGGUAUGGAUCCAUUUUCGGACGAGUAUCUCGGAAUCAAAAUAUCCGUUUGUGUUUUGUUGGAGAAAAUUCAAGCCUAUGAUAAGGCGAUUGGUGUUUACGAAAUUAUGAGAGAUGAUUGUGGAAAAUGGAUGGAGCAAUUGGGAGGUUUGGAGAGGAAUAUUGGCAAGAGGACGAGAGUUCUUAGGAGAAUGGUAGAGAUCAGUGUCAAAAUUGCUGAUUUAUACAACGGGGAAUAUGUCUUACAACCAGAUAAAGCUGAGGAAAGUUUGGUGUAUGCGGUGGAGACUAUAUUAAAAGAACAAAUGAGGAGACAGAAAGAGGGAAUCAGACCUGGGGAAGAGGUUUGGUUAUCGGACGAAGAGAUGGGCGGAACUUUUGAAGCUCUUGCACAUCACUAUGAAGCAACCGAUAAACACCACCUUGCCGCACCCCUAUUUCUCCAAGCUAUCGCUCUCUCUACUCCAGCUACCUGCCACACAGCCGUUCUAAUGAACAAUCUCUCCAUCUCACUGGCCCAACAAAAUCCACCACCAGAAUUAGGUCAACCCAUAAUAUCCCGCUCGCAACAAAUCAAAAAUGCUCGCGCAUGGGCUACCAAGUCCCUAGAAAUUUGUGCCAAGAUAGCACCCCCAGAAAGAACUGAAGAAUGUGAUCUCGGAUGUGCUGUUGCAACACAUAAUCUAGGAGAAUUCGCAGAAAUGGAUGGGGAUAUCAAGGAAGCAAGGAGAAGAUAUGAAGAAGCGAGAAGCUUAGCAAGUGCGAUGGGGUUUAAAGAAGGAGAGGCACAGAGUGAAGAGAGAUUGGCGAAGAUUGUCGGUAGACAGGAGAUUGUUAAUAGGGGUUGA